GAAAACAUGAAGUUUAAAGAUGACAGACUAAAAAUCAUGAAUGAAAUGCUCAAUGGGAUCAAGAUCCUCAAGCUGUAUGCAUGGGAGCCAUCUUUCCAGGCUCAAGCGGAAGGCAUCCGGGAGAAAGAAUUGAAAGUCAUGACGAAAGUUUCCUACCUGUUAUCUGUCGGCACCUGUGCUCCAGCUCUUGUUUCUGAGGUCUCAUUUGCUGUGUUUGUGGGCGUCAGUCCAGUCAACGUGUUAACACCAGAGAAAGCUUUCACCUCAAUUUCCCUCUUCAACAUCCUCCGAUUCCCCCUGGCCAUGCUGCCCAUGAUUAUUGCUUCUAUUGUGCAAACCACAGUGUCAAAGAAGCGCCUGGAGAAGUUCCUGUCAGGCGAGGACAUUGAAGCUGGCGCUGUGCAACACAACUCUAGUUUCAAAACUGCUGUCAGUGUAUGUGAUGGUACCUUUGCUUGGGAAAGAGAUGCUGAACCUCUACUGAAAAACGUGUCUUUGGAAAUCAAACCUGGUCAGUUAGUGGCAGUGGUGGGAGCUGUCGGCUCAGGGAAGUCCUCUCUCAUCUCAGCCCUCUUGGGAGAGAUGCACAGCACCAAAGGCUUCAUCAACAUCCAGGGCUCUAUUACAUAUGUGCCUCAACAAGCCUGGACCCAAAACGCCACCUUGAGGGAUAAUGUCCUGUUUGGCUCUCCCAACGACGAAAGAAGGUUCAAAGAAGUCAUAAAGGCUUGUGCCCUUGAACCCGACUUGGAGCUGCUGCCUGGAGGGGCCCUCACUGAAAUUGGAGAGAAAGGUAUCAACCUCUCCGGAGGGCAGAAGCAACGUGUGAGCUUGGCCAGGGCCGCUUACAGUCAGGCUGAUGUAUAUCUGUUAGACGAUCCUCUCUCUGCGGUGGACGCACAUGUAGGAAAGCACCUCUUUGAAAAUGUUAUUGGUCCCAAUGGAAUACUCCAGAACAAGACUCGUAUCCUGGUGACUCACGGAGUGAGCUUUUUGCCUCAUGUUGAUGAAAUAGUGGUCUUGGUGGACGGUGUCGUUUCAGAGAUCGGGUCCUACAGCAGCCUCCGCGCCAGCGGAGGGGCUUUCUCAGAGUUUCUUGACACAUAUGCCAAAGAGCAAAGAACUCAAACCCGUUCAGAGUCAGACCAUAGCCAGAAUAUGGAAGACUUAGAGCUCCUGCCCGACAGUGAAGACACUGACCUCGAUGCUCCUUUGGAGGAUGUGGUUUCUUCUACUUUGAAGAGAGAAAAUAGUAUUCGCCGCAGCCAGCGUAACAGCAGCAUCAGACGACAGAAAAACAGUUCUAUAAGGAAAACAGAAAACGAUGAUGACUUGAAGAAAGGCCAGAAGCUGAAAGAGAAGGAAGCUAUGGAAACAGGAUGGGUGAAGUUGUCAGUAUUCCUCCAGUACCUGCGAGCCGUGGGGUGGGAAUACACCGCCGUAGCUGCACUGGUUUACUUCAUUGGGAAUGUCGCUUUUGUUGGCCAGAACCUUUGGCUCAGUGAGUGGACCAAAGAUGCAGUGGUUUACGCAAACAAGACAUACCACUUCAUCGCUAGAGAUUUGAGAGUGGGAGUGUUUGGAGCUCUGGGAGUGGCUCAGGGUUUGUUUGUGUUCCUCGGCGCGGUGAUUCUGGUCAAUGCUAGCAUCGCUGCAUCCCGUAUCCUGCAUGAACGGCUGCUCAAAAACAUAAUGCGGGUUCCCAUGAUUUUCUUUGAGAUGACUCCAAUUGGAAUAGUGGUGAAUCGCUUUGCAAAGGACAUUUUCACCAUCGAUGAAGCUAUUCCGAAUUCCUUGCGCUCCUGGAUCCUCUGUCUGCUGGGUGUGCUGGGGACACUUUUUGUCAUCUGUCUGGCCACUCCUCUCUUUGCCAUCGUCCUUGUCCCUCUAUCUAUAAUCUACUACUUUGUACAGCGCUUCUAUGUUGCUUCUUCAAGACAGCAACGUCGGCUGGACUCUGUGUCUCGCUCUCCAAUAUACUCCCAUUUCGGAGAGACGGUGUCGGGUCUGAUGGUGAUCAGAGCCUACAAUCAUCAAGAGCGGUUUCUUAAACACAAUGAAAUCACUAUUGAUGAAAAUGUCAAGAGUGUCUAUCCGUGGAUAGUGUCAAACAGAUGGUUGGCUAUCCGUCUGGAGUUCCUUGGAAACCUGGUGGUGUUUUUUGCCUGUUUGUUUGCUGUUAUUUCCAGAGAUUCUAUAGACAGUGGCAUUGUUGGCCUGUCUAUAUCCUAUGCACUUAAUGAGAGUCACCUGUUCACCCACACUAUAACGCAGACCCUGAACUUGCUGGUGAAGAUGACCUCUGAACUGGUGACUAACAUUGAGGCUGUCAAGAGAGUGAGUGAAUACAUCGAGAUUGAGAAUGAGGCUGAGUGGGUGACUGACACUCGGCCGCCGAAGGACUGGCCAGAGGCUGGAAGGCUCCAGUUUGAAAACUACAAAGUCCAUUACCGACCUGGAUUAGACCUGGUGCUGCAUGGAAUCACUUGUGAUAUUGGCAGCACUGAGAAGAUUGGUAUAGUGGGCCGCACUGGAGCUGGAAAGUCAAGUCUGAUGAACUGCCUGUUUAGAAUUAUCGAGGCUGCUGAAGGUCGCAUCCUCAUCAAUGGUAAAGACAUUGCCAAACUGGGGCUGCACGACUUGAGAUCUAACCUCACGAUCAUACCACAGGACCCAGUCUUGUUCUGUGGAACGCUGAGGAUGAACCUGGACCCGUUUGACAAAUUCAGUGACGGAGACGUCUGGAAAGUGCUUGAGCUCUCUCAUCUGAAGGACUCUGCAGCUGGGCUGAAGGAAGGACCGCAACAUAAAGUUUCUGAAGGGGGAGAGAACCUCAGUGUUGGACAGAGGCAGAUGUUGUGUCUUUCUCAAGCAUUGCUGAGAAAGUCCCGCAUCCUCAUCCUGGACGAGGAUACGGCGGCCGUCGACCUGGAGACAGACAAUCUGAUUCAGAACACCAUCCAUAAAGAGUUUUCCAGCUGCACCGUUCAGACCAUUGUCCACCGUCUGCACAGUAUCAUGGACAGCUCCAGGGUAAUGGUGCUUGACGCAGGUAGAAUUGUGGAGUUUGACACCCCGCAGAACCUGCUUUCAAACAAAGGGCAUUUCUAUGCGAUGGCAAAGGAUGCUGGAAUAACUCAACAAGACAGCUCAACAGUUCUCUAAUUUGAACGUACUGAUUAGUGAAAUCCACGAAUUAUGUACAGAUGAUUGUUUACAUAUUGGUUACUUCUGUGUGUAUUAUAUUUAUGGGAAACAAUAGCAUAAAACCAUCAUUUGAAUGUGCAUAAUGUAUUAUGUCA